UAUUUUCAGUAUUGGCAGUGAAUAUCGGAACGCAGCCAUAUUUACGGAUCGAUCGGGGGUUAUUGGCAGGUUAUCAUGCCUUGAGUCGAUAAGUCACAACACCUUAUCAGGUGUCUGCAAGUUGUGUGACAAUGUAUAAAGUGUAAUAUGUAAUAAGUAUAACGAUAAAUAAUAAUUUUAGUCACAAGAUAUGACUCCAACAUGUCAAAAUUAUGAGUAUAUUUGAACGGACUCGAGGACACAAACGAAAAUGGUAAAGAUACAGUGGUCCUUGGCGAAGGCGCCAAGUGUUCUUAGGGUUAGUUUAAAACAGAAGUGGUGGCAGCUUCAAAUUGUCUUCAAAUCUUUGUUCUAUAAUGACUUCCUCAACUGGAGUUAUGCUUGUGAUAUUCUUAUGGAACCCAUGUUCUGGUUUGUUGAAAACUUCACUUCCUUUUUGGGUCCGGUGUUCGUGAUAAUGGUAAGCCUACUGACUGUCAGUAUUGUCUAUAUCGCGUAUUAUCUGGGUCUACCAUGGUGGUGGGAUCGGAGUCCAUUGAUGACGAUAAUCCUAUUGCUAAUUGGAAACUGGCUGCUGGUUAAUGUCUGUUUUCAUUAUUAUAUGGGUGUGGCUGUGCCGGCGGGUAAUCCGCCGCAGGGAGGUCUUAUCCCAGAAGCUGUAAGCAUCUGCAAAAAAUGCAUCAAGCCGAAACCACCCAGAACACAUCAUUGUUCUGUCUGCAAUAAAUGCAUCCUCAAGAUGGAUCAUCAUUGUCCAUGGCUAAACAAUUGCGUCGGACACUAUAAUCAUCGGCAUUUUUUCCUGUAUAUGGUUUACACAGUAGUCGGCGUUACAUUCGUCAUGGUAUUUGGUGUGCGACUCGCCUACGAAGAAUUCUUCCCUGAUCAGGAACCAGAAUUGGACGGUCAUCCAGUGCGUCUCAAUAAUUCCGAAAUAAUACCGAUGACGGAGUCAUUGGAUCACUUAAGCGAGGAGGAAUUGGCGGAAAUAGCAAGGCAGGCGGCAGAAACCAAAUCCAAAGAAUGGCGACAAAGACUGAUAAUUUUCGCUGGUCUGAUCUGCGUUGCUACAUUUGCAGCCCUAGGUGCCUUGGCUUGCUGGCACGCAGGUCUUAUUACCCGAGGAGAGACAAGCAUUGAAGCGCAUAUCAAUAGUGCGGAGUCAAAGAAAUAUCGAGCCCAGGGCAAAUUCUAUCAGAAUCCUUAUGACUUCGGGCCAAGAGAAAACUGGAGAUUGUUCUUAGGAACAAAAAAUAGAAAUUGGUGGUAUAUCUUAUUCCCAUCAACGCAUGGCCCUUAUGGCGACGGACUUACGUGGCGAACUAUUCACGAUAGUAAGAUCUCUUGAUUUUUGAAAUUCGGAAAAUCAACAUCAGUUUCACAUUCUAUAAUUUUUGCGAUUUCUCUAUUCUUAUUCCAAUAUUCUAGUCAGAACUGCAGUGUGUUCAUUUGUACUACCAUAGUUAAUUGAAAAAAUGGUGUAUGUACAAUUAGCUGAUCACAAUUUUCAAUAAUUUGUCAAUAGGCAAUAAUUGGAGCACAAGUUAUAUCAACUUCUCUGAAAUUGCAAAAUCAUUCUUAUACAAAAAAACUAAUAUAAAAUGAAAAAA